AUGCUUUCCCAUGCCGACCUCCUGGAUGCUCGGCUCGGGAUGAAGGAUGCGGCGGAGCUACUCGGACACCGAGAAGCUCUUAAGUGCCGACUGGGAGGGGUGCAGGACCAGGGGCAUCCGGGGGAAAUGGCCCCUGGUCCGGACUCUGUAGAGGGGAGCACUCUUUUGCCCGGAGACGACAUCUCGUCUGUGGGAUCCAACGCAACCGGCAUGCAGGUGAACGGAAAAGACCAAGAUAAACAACAACAGCAGCAGCAGCAGCAACAACAGCAGCAGCAGCAGCAGCAGAACUCCGGUCAGUCGUCGAACCAACAGAAGCAGAAGCGACACCGGACCCGCUUCACCCCGGCUCAGCUCAACGAGCUGGAGAGAAGCUUCGCUAAAACUCACUACCCUGACAUCUUCAUGCGCGAGGAGCUGGCUUUAAGGAUCGGUCUCACCGAGUCCCGCGUGCAGGUCUGGUUCCAGAACAGACGCGCCAAGUGGAAGAAGAGGAAGAAGACUACCAAUGUCUUCCGCUCCCCGGGAACGCUGCUUCCCACACACGGCCUGCAGCAGUUCUCCGCCGCGGCAGCCAUGGAGAACAGCUUGUGUUCCUUCCAUGCCAACGAUUCGCGUUGGGCCACGGGGAUGCCCGGGGUGUCCCAGCUGCAGCUCCCGCCAUCGCUUGGUCGCCAGCCCGGCAUGCCGCAGUCCUUGUCACAGUGCAGCCUCGGACCCGGACCCCCCAACUCAAUGGGCCUUUCCAACGGCCUGUCCUCCAAUGGCUCCGGGCUGCAGUCCCACCUCUACCAGACGCAUUUUCCAGGAAUGUCGGCCUCUAUUUCGGGACCCAACAACGGGGGCUCCCCGCAGCUGUGUAGCUCCCCGGACAGUGAUAUGUGGAGAGGGACAAGCAUCGCGUCUCUUCGACGCAAGGCGCUGGAGCACACAGUUUCCAUGAGUUUCACCUAG